GCGCAGGUAUGAAUCGAAUGCAUUGCUCUCCUAACCGAUAAUCUGAGUGUGCAUGUGCCGUUGUGCAUAUUCCGGGGGGAGGUAUGGUCGCAAGCAUGCGACCUCUAGCAUUUCCAACAAAUAAGCUUGAUUUUCCAAAACCCCUCAUCGCUCCUGGGUCCAUCCAUAAGUCUCUCGACCGCGAAUUGAGUGGGACGCCA